GAACAGCUCCAGAAUCGGUUCCUGUUUUUUUUUCUUCAUUUUAUGAUUAUUUGUGUAGACAUAGUGUCACAACGGAGAGAUACGAAGAGGACACGGUAACAGCUGAUGGUCAGAGGUCGCUGUAGUGUUUUUUGUUUUUUUCACCUCUUCAGAUAUUUUCGUACCCGGCUGUCCUGAAGAGCAAAAAGGCUGUCCACAUCUGUCCACAGAAGCUGCAGAAUCACCGCCCAGCCCUUCUCAUGGCAGAGAUGAGCUGGGCUGCUGGUACUCAGUGUGUCGCUAAAGGAGACCACAGAAAACCAAAACCUGGAGAGCUAGCGUACCACAAAGGAGACAUCCUCACCAUAGUUGACACCAGCACGAAGAAGGGAUGUUACGUGGUCAAACACAACAGCACAGGAGAGGAGGGACUGAUCAAUUCUGCCAAUGUGCGUGAAAGAGAGGCUCUUCGUGUGGAUCCUAACCUCAGCCUCAUGCCCUGGUUUCACGGGAAGAUCUCAGGUCCAGACGCGGUGUGUAAGCUGCAGCCAGCAGAGGACGGUUUGUUCCUCGUUCGAGAGUCCAUCCGCCAUCCAGGCGACUACGUCCUGUGUCUGAGUGUCUCUGGAAAGGUCGUCCACUACCGGGUGAUCUACAAGGACAACAAGCUGACCAUCGACAACACGCAGUACUUCUACAACCUCAUCGACAUGAUAGAGUUCUUCUCCAAGAACAAAGGCUCUAUUGCUACAACUCUUCUGAAGCCCAAACAGAAACAAGGGACCAAGUCGGCGGAGGUGGAGCUGUCUAAAACUGGAUGGCUGCUGGACAUUUCAAACCUCACACUGGGACAAAAUAUUGGAGAAGGGGAGUUUGGUGCUGUCCAUGAAGGAGAGUACAUGGGCCAGAGGGUGGCAGUGAAGACUAUUAAAUGCGAUGUCACAGCUCAGGCCUUCCUGCAGGAAACCACAGUCAUGACGAAGCUGCAGCAUAAAAACCUGGUGCGAUUGUUGGGCGUCAUUCUGCACAAAGGGCUUCACAUUGUCACAGAGCUCAUGACUAAGGGAAACCUUGUUAACUUUCUCAGGACGAGAGGACGUUCAGUCGUAAACUCAGUUCAGCUUCUUCGCUUUGCUCUCGAUGUGUGUGAGGGGAUGGGGUACCUGGAAUCGAAGAAGUUGGUGCACAGAGACUUGGCAGCUCGUAAUGUGUUGGUUGCUGAUGACAGCGUGGCCAAGGUCAGUGACUUUGGCUUGACGAAGUUGGACCUGAAGGAACCGGAUAACGUCAAACUGCCCGUCAAAUGGACCGCCCCCGAAGCUCUGAAGAAAGAGAAAUUCUCCACAAAGUCGGAUGUUUGGAGUUAUGGUGUUCUCCUAUGGGAGAUCUUCUCUUACGGGCGUCAACCUUACCCAAAGAUGUCCCUGAAAGAGGUGAAGGAGAGGGUGGGGGGCUAUCGUAUGGAGGCUCCAGAGGACUGCCCCCCCGGUGUAUACUCCUUGAUGAGGAUUUGCUGGAAGCAGGAGCCUCGCAGAAGACCCACUUUCCACAAACUAAGAGAGAAACUUGAACAAGAGACAGGUAACCUCAGCCUGGACACGGGGUCUGGUCUGGAUGCUGAUCUCAGUAUGGACUCUUAAACUCACAAUGGUGGAAAUACAGUGCAACUUCACACACAUUUUAAAACACCACUUUUUCGUGUGCAUCCCACAAAAAGGUCUGUUGGAGAAGGAUUGUGGAUAGCAUUUGUAAAAGAGAUAUUUAACUUUGGCACCAGACACCAGAACACUUGUAUCGUCUUUUCCUCGUUUUUCAAUGCGUUCUUAUAAUCUGUUCCCUGAUUGUUGUGUCAUAUUUUUACACCCUUUGUACUUUACUAGCUGGGUGUUAUACACUGCCAGAGAGUUUCAACACCCAGAGAGGUUUUCAACACAACAACUAAAAAAGAAAAUAUCAGCAGAAUACAGGGUCUACUGUCAGAUACGGACACUGAGCCACGCUGGCAUUUGAUUCACAGUGAGGAAGGAUUAUUUGUUAGAAAAGCUUUUGACAAUUCUUUCUGAAUGGUUGUGCUUGGCAAAGUUGCUCAUUUGUUGGUCCAAAACUUUCAGUCUAACUGAUAUUUUUCAACAAGUUGAUGCAGUCAACAUUAUAUACUGUAGAUCCCUCAACAAUAAUAACCUUAUAGUAUUUAUUUGUAUAGCACUGUAAAAACACAAAGUGCCAGAAGGAGCAUUGAUCAACCAACAACAACAAAACCCCAACAGUAAAAGAACCCAGACAACAACCUGACCAACAACAGAACCAAAACAUCAUGAAGAACACAAUAGCUUAUAAUAACUCAUAAUAACCCGGGCAACUUAGGGUGAGACCAAGAGGACUGAAGAUCUAAGAAGAUAAGUAAGCAAUUAAAAGAGAUAGAAAAACGAACAAAUAAAGGAGACUUUGUGGCGCUGAAUAAGUUGGCCAAAGGCUGCAUAUAAAUAGAGAAUAAAAUAGGACCUAAAAUCGAACCUUGCUGUACACCACAGGCCACAUUAGAGGAAGAGGAGGAGAGGUGACCGCAAAGGUUCAUUCUAAAAAACAAGAAUAAAAAAUGAAUCUACUAAAUCUGCUAAAUCAAUCAAUACUGAAUCAACUAAAUGUGAUUUCAGAUCUCCCACAAACAUUUAAAAUCAAUAAAAACCCACAAUUAGUCAGGGGAUACUGCAAAAAAUCUGGGACUAAACUACUUACCAAGAAAUUUCUUCACAAAUAUGUGUUCAUAAAGGUGUCUUGUAACACAUGUAAAGAGAUUUAAAUUAAACUUCCAUAGGAAGUAUAUGUGAGCUGCUCAAAAUUGUUGUACCCAAGACCUUAUAGGUGGAAAGUUGAAACUGUUAACCUCUGCCUUAGGUUGCUCAUGAGGGGUCAAACUAAUUUUUCAGGAUUCUGAAUCCAUUGCAAAAAUUUGUUUUGCACAAAAACCACUACAUGGUGGAAAAACUGCCACGGCCACUUUUACAUGUAUAUUUAAAAGUGGCUUCAUUUGUUUAUUUCAAUAUCUCGAAUACUAGUUAAAAAUAUUAGUGCUCUAUAUUGUCAAAAGUCUCAGGGGCCCAGGUCUGAGUCCUCUCCAAUCUAUACAUCAGUGUUCAGAGGCUGUUUGUGAAGCUAAUUACAACAUGAGGCAAUAUCAUGCAUACAGCCACACAGUAACCUUGAAAAAAAAAUACAUAUAUCAAACAAAAGUAUUGCAUGUGAACUAAAAGCCAAACCAUCUCUCUAGAUCAAACUGAACUAUAAAUUCCAAUGACUAUGGGAAAUGUAGUGUAUUUUGAAUCAGUUCCAUAUCCACCAUCCUGCUGCUGUAAAUUCACUCUGGAGCAUCAAACAUAUAUGUGCAUGAAAGGAAAAAGGUCUUUCUUGAAUUUAAUCACAGACCAGAUAAUCUGAUUGUAUCCAGCAUUAAUGCUCAGCGUGAUGCCAGAGACACACAGCUUUAUAUGAAAAAUACUAAAUGUUAUUGCUGGUAUAUAGAGAGCAAAGAAUGAAUUUAAAUACUUAGAAGCAUAUUGCUUGUGUGCAGAAAAUAUUUGGAAGUUUAUUUCUUGCAGAUUCUGUGCUUAAUCUGCCAAAGCCCUGAAGUCAAAGAGGAACUUUAGUAGGAAUCUGGUUUCACUGAUCUAGUCCUCUAGAGUGAAAGCCUCGUACCACCUUUGACACUUUGACUGUCACCUUACUGGUAACCAUUAGCUUGGGGAAGAUUUUGAUUGAUUGAUUCAUAUUUCAUUAGUUACGUAAUAUCUAUGGGAAACACGGCAUAUGAAUACUUUCUCCUCCCCUCUUUAUUUGGAUUUGAGAUUAUAGGAGGGACUUUGUAUUAGUCAGUGUCCUCUUGGGAUCUUUUAGGGUAUUGGCAAGUACAAAAUGUUUUCUGAUUUCCUUGUCUAAAGGGAAAGAGGGUUUUGACUGCAGAUGAUUGUUUUACAUUUACACAAACAGUCUAUUUAUUAAACUACUUGAACCACUCGUAUCAAAAUAUGUGAAUUUCAGCUGCUUUUCAUUUAAAUGAAAUUGAAGGUUCAUCUUUCUGUUAAGAAUAAUACAAAUUCUGUUCAAAGUGAACCCUUCUUUUUUUGGACUGCUGUCACGUCAUAACACAAAAUUAAAGAUGUCAUUUGAGUUAAGUCUAUGUAAGCCUGGUAUUUGUCUCUGUCCCGGGAGGCUGACCCCAAAUUGAGGUUUGAUCCUCCAUCUCUUGUUUUCACACAGUGCAAGCCCGUUCAAUCUGCUCUUUUUUUUUUCUAAUGGGAUGAGCUGCAAUUUUCUGCACAAGGUUUCAUAAGGGAACCGCAUGUUAAAAAAGAUAAAAGAUUUGCUGUUCUUAAUGGAGGAGGAGUUAUGCCUCAUUGAAUAAAGCUUUUCUUUCUCUAAAUAUCA